AGGUUGCCAUAAGUCAAUUGAAGGAGAGAUUGUUAGCUGGAAAUACUCAAACUGGAAACUGAUUGGGCGAAAACAAACUUCUGAAUUGGAGACUCUUGAAUUUGAAGAUGAUGUCUGCAAGAACUUGAAUCAUAGUAUUCAUUUAAUUCCAAUAAAACAAGAUUACAGUCAGAGCAUUCAUACUUGCAGUAAGCUAUCUGGGCGUAUGCUGACCUAUGACUCUAAAGAAGAAUUUGAUGAUUUGAAUAAACAUUUUUCAUCUUCCAGCUUUAAAUUUUCUGCUUGUUCCUCUACUGUAAACCCUGUUUCCAAUUUAUAUCAAACCAGGAUGUGGCUUGGAACAAAUGACGAGGAAACAGAAGGGAUAUGGAAACAUUUUUACAAUAACAACCAAAUAACAUACCUAAACUGGAUGCAAGGGCGACCAUAUCCAGGAUCACAGGACUUCAAUUGUCUAAUAUUUCAAGGAUCUUAUGUAUCUUAUAACUCCAGUUCUUCAGUUCUAGUUGAUGGAAGAGUAGGGGAUGCUGAAUGUUCUUCUACCCUAUGUACUGCCUGUUUAGUUGAUUCACCUAUGAGGUAA